UCUAGCCUUGGAAUACAAAUAUUCUCAAUGGGAAGCCAAAUGAAGCAGCAAUGGCCUCAAAUUGCUUAUGCUUUGGCAUUUUUCUUGAUUGCCACAUGCACCAUGGCAUAUUCACCCUAUUUUUAUGAACCAUCAGAUUCAACAUACAAUAAAAUACCAAGCACAGUAGCCAAAAGUGAAGACUAUAAGGUACUCUCUGAGCCGGAAAAGGAAUAUAAGGUACCAUCUUUGCCGAAGAAUAAUUACUACAAGAAGCCAUCAGUUCCAGAAGAUAACUACAAGAAGGUGUCAUUUGUUCCAAAGGGAACCUUAGUGCCUGAACCAGAAUACAAGGUGUCAUCUUUGCCUAAGAAUGACUACUAUAAGAAACCAUCAGUUCCAGAAGAUGACUACAAGAAGGUACCAUAUGUUCCAAAGGUACCAUCAGUGCCUAAACCGGAAUACAAUGUACCAUACUUGCCGAAGAAUGACUAUUACAAGAAGCCAUCAGUUCCAGAAGAUAACUACAAGAAGGUGCCAUAUGUUCCAAAGGUUCCUUCAGUGCCUAAAGAAGAAUCCAAGGUGCCUUCUUUGCCCAAGAAUGACUACUACAAGAAGCCAUCAGUUCCAGAAGAUAACUACAAGAAGGUGCGAUACGUUCCAAAGGUGCCCUCAGUGCCUAAAGAAGAAUCCAAGGUGCCUUCUUUGCCAAAGAAUGACUUCUACAAGAAGCCAUCAGUUCCAGAAGAUAACUACAAGAAGGUACGAUAUUUUCCAAAGGUGCCCUCAGUGCCUAAAGAAGAAUCCAAGGUGCCUUCUUUGCCAAAGAAUGACUACUACAAGAAGCCAUCAGAAGAUAACUACAAAAAGGUGUCAUAUGUUCCAAAGGUGCCCUCAGUGCCUAAAGAAGAAUACAAGGUACCUUCUUUGCCAAAGAAUGACCACUACAAGAAGCCAGUAGUUCCAGAAGAUAAUUACAAAAAGGUCUCAUAUGUUCCAAAGGUGACCUCAGUGCCUAAAGAAGAAUACAAGGUGCCUUCUUUGCCCAAGAAUGACUACUACAAGAAGCCAAUAGUUCUAGAAGAUAAUUAUAAAAAGGUGUCAUAUGUUCCAAAGGUGCCUUCAGUGCCUAAAGAAGAAUACAAGGUGCCUUCUUUCCCAAAGAAUGACUACGACAAAAAGUCAUCAGUUCCGGAAGAUAACUACAAGAAGGUGCCAUACGUUCCAGAGGUACCUUCCAUGCCUAAAGAAGAAUACAAGGUGCCUUCUUUGUCAAAUAAUGAUUAUGAUAAGAAGUCAUCAGUUCCAGAAGAUAACUACAAGAAGGUGUCAUUUGUUCCAAAAGUACCUUCAGUGCCUAAACCAGAAUACAAGGUGCCGUCUUUGCCAGAAAAUGACUACUUCAAGAAACCAUCACCUUCUCCAUCACCACCACCUCCUUACUACCAUCAAUCAUCAUCAACUCCUUCUCCAUCACCACCACCUCCAUAUUAUUAAAUUUCCAUCUUUCAUGUUCAACAUGUUAUAAGGAAGUCCU